UCGUGUGGCUGGUGGUCGGGACCUGUGCCUUGGCUGGGCCAGGUCAGGUAGUCUCCUUGAGAGGAGGGUCGUAGUAUUGGUGGGGAGUCGGUGAGUUAGCUUGGGGAGUUAGCUCCCUUGAGAGAACGGGUGAAGAGGCCGUUACCUCUUCAAGUGUGAAGCUGUAACGGGCUCAGAGUUAAUAAAUAUGGGUUGCCUCUACUUCAACUGUCUCUGUCGUCACGGUGUCCACUACAUUAUUAUAAUUAGUUUAUUAAUUAGUUGAGUUGUGAAGAGGCAUGGCCUGCCAUACCCACCGAGGUUCAGCAUGACGGCAUGGUUCUGCUUGAUGUAUGGAAUCAGAUUUACAGAUUCAGAAUAUCAGAAUUAAAAUAUGUAUUGUACUGGAGGAAUCCGAUGAGGUGUCAGGGUCGAGAUGGAACCCGCGACCUCCUGCGUACCAGGCGAGGGAGUUAACAUCUCCUAGCCACCGCUGGUCACCGCACCAACUCCGCCCCCACACCCCCUCCGCCCCCUCACCCCACCGCCCCCUCCGCUCAGACUAAAGCGGAAGCCCUGGAGUACGUGUGGAGCAUCUUGCAGGGCGUGGAGGAGGAGGAGCAGCAGGAGGAGGAGUUCAGGGGAUUUGAGCUGAGGGAGGUGCACAAGGCCAGGAUGGCGAUGUUCAGGCUGGAGCGCAGAGCCACCGCCUGCAAGGAGGCCCUGAGGGUGGCGCUCCAGAGGAUACGUGGAGGCUCCUCCGUGCCGCCGGCCUCCGCCCAGGCUGUGGCGGUGUCGCGCAGCGCUCGCUCUCGCUACGGCCUGCGCCCGCGCGAGAGGAAAGUCUACACAGAGGUGGAGGAGCCCCAGGACGACGACUUCUUCUUGCCACUGCUGCUGCUGCUGUUGCUACUGCGGUUCGCCCUCCUCCUGCUGCUGCUGCUGUGGCUCUCAGUCUGCGAGCUGUGCAGGGAUUUCUACCUGGGGGAGUGCUCCGUGCACGGCCCGCCAGAGUUCAUUGCAGACGCGGCCGUGGCCCCGGGAGUGGCCAACAGGGCCCGGCUCAGCCUGCCCCAGGGCCUCACCGUCGGCGCCUCCUCCAUCGCCGGCGCCGGCCUCGGGGUGUGGAGCAACAGGAAGAAGCUGCCCAAGGGGGUGAUUUUUGGGCCCUACCAGGGAGAGGUGUCUGAGGAGAACCCCGUGAGCGAGUACUGCUGGCUGAUUUACAAAAACAAAAAGGAUCGUGAAUAUGUUGAUGCUCAGGAUGAAUCUAAAUCAAACUGGAUGAGGUUCGUCAACUGCGCGAGGAAUGAGCAGGAGCAGAACCUGGUGGCCUUCCAGCACCGGGGGCAGAUUUACUACCGCACAUUCCGUGCCGUGGGGCCCGGCUCUGAGCUGCUGGUCUGGUACGGCGAGGAGUUCGCCCAGGAGCUGGGCAUCGCCUGCGAGGCCGGGCCCUCGCGACGCCGCAGCAGCAGCAGCAGCGAGAUGGCUCCUAGGGCCACCGCCAGAGACCUGCAGCCCGUGCAGCCUCCACCAAGCGAGGAACACCGUGGAGUGGGUGUGGAGGUCACAAGGCUGCCGUGUCCUGCCUGCAACCGUCAGUUCAUCUGCCGCUCGAGUCUACAGUAUCACGUGCAGAGCAGACACCCCACUAAGCCCAGUAACAAAAGUCAUCAGUGUGACCAAUGUCCAUACAGCACAGACUACAAGAGUACCUUGAAGAAGCACCAGAGAACACACACGGGAGAGAAGCCGUUCAAGUGCACCGUGUGUGAGAAGGCAUUUGCACAUUUACAACAUCUUCACAGCCACCAGAGAACACACACGGGAGAGAAGCCGUUCAAGUGCACCGUGUGUGAGAAGGCAUUUGCACAUUUACAACAUCUUCACAGCCACCAGAGAACACACACGGGAGAGAAGCCGUUCAAGUGCACUGUGUGUGAGAAGGCGUUUGCACAGCUAUCAGAUCUUCACAGGCACCAGAGAACACACACGGGAGAAAAGCCGUUCAAGUGCACCGUGUGUGAGAAGGUGUUUGCAGACCCAUCCAGUCUUUGCCGGCACCAGAGAACACACACCGGCCAGAAUGCAUUUUCUCAUUCCCGUGGAAACAGAAAAGUCAGCCAUCCUGAGCAAAACGCGCACAGCGCCGAGCUGUGAAUUAGUUUUAAACAACAGGCCACGUGACUAGCCGAGGCUGUGCCACUCUUGAAACUGAUUUUGAAUGUGAACACGGAAACCUACGGACCCUCCUACACCUGCCUCACACUCUGUGGGGGGUGGGAGAUUAAACCGACCUGGCCACCCCUCGAUUGCAAGUGCGGAGUUCUAGGUCCCAACCACUGCACGUGUCCCCCCCCACCCCCAUCACCUGGGGGUCCCUGUGUGUGUGAGUGUGCAGAGUCCCCCGUGCAGAGCUGCACUGUUGUUACCCUAGAGGGGGACACCGCAGGGCGAUCCACCUACAGAUACCCCAGUCUGCACGUCUCCCGCCGGUCUCCAUGCGCACCGCGUGCCGUCUCGUAGCCCUGCCCCGUGCGACGUACGUACAGUACGUACAGUACGUACCCAUCCAGCGGUAGACUGAACCGCGGCCGAUGACGAAGGUGGCAUCCGCUCACAAAUCUCCGUGCACUCAGUCCCGUAGCCCUGAGCCAUCGCUUGCGCGAUAUUCACUUUGCCGCUGAGAGGAAAGCUACGGGGAGGAGGUGGGGGGGGGUGUUAGGAGAGGACAUCUGUGGAACGGCUGGAGAUCUGCGAAGAGCUUCAUAGCUCAUCGGAUUCCUGCGGUCUGAAAAAAUAUUCCGAGAGGGCGUUGGGGGAGGGGGGUGUAGGUAUGAUUGGGGCAUCUGCACUUGGAUCACCCUGCGUGUUGUUGCUGCCUCCCCCGUUGAAAAUGUUCCCAGCGUGAACUUAACCCUUUGCCGUCGCGACGACGCCGCGCGCCGUGCGUGAACGUCGUCGUCGGAAUAACAAAACGCAGUAAAAACUAAAGCAACAUUAUCGGUACCGAGGCUCCCACAGGGCCACGCGGGGCAGGGAGUGUGGCACAGUUUUCGCGCCGGCUAGCGCAGAGUGGCGGCGGUCGUGUCGCUACGCUUCUCUGCGGUGAGCAACGACGUCUUUAUAACAACAACAGCAGUGCUGCUGCUGCUGCUGCCACUGCUGCGGUGAACGGUGACAGCCACCCCGUGACCUGUGACCCCCACCCCGUGAACGGUGACACCCACCCCGUGAACGGUGACACCCACCCCGUGAACGGUGACACCCCAUGGGUGGAAAAAACCCGAUUUUUCCAGCUGCAGGCAUCGGGUUUUUUCUUUAACACAAUUAAACCCGAUUUCGGGGAAUUAAAACCUGGUUUAAUGAAUACGAAACUCUGAUAGGCUUAGGCUGCUUCCUCGUCGGUGCUGCUAUGGUACUCGGGGCCGUCGGGCACGGGGUAGUCGUAGAAUGCGGCGGGCAGGUUGGUCUUAAUGAACACGAGCUUCUCCACAAUCGUGGGCGCCAGUGAGUUCCUUAGCUUGGAAUGGAUGAAGCCCAUCGUUGAGAAGUGCGGUUCUGCAAUUAGAACCAAUGAAACCGGAUUUCUCUCAAUCUUAGAUGAUCGGGUUUAAUAUAAAAAGACAAUUAAACCCGAUUGUAAAAAACCCGACUGUGCCACCCUUGUGACACCCACCCUGUGAACGGUGACACCCACCCCGUGAACGGUGACACCCACCGACCCUGCAACUCUGCAGACGUCUCGGACGCGGGAAAGGGUUGAGAGAUUUUCUGCGUCGUCCCGGUUGCUCGCGUGAUGUCGCACGGUGGUGGCGCGCGUUGACUCUUGCACGUUUAAGAAAGUUGAGCGUUAGUUUGUGAUUCUGUUUAAAAUGAUAUAUAUACAUACUUAAACUAACAAACAUUAUCUUGGGAUUCUACCAAGUAAGGUCCAACUGGAUACGUAGUAGCUCUUUUAUCAGACGCGACCACCUGGCCAUCACAAAUGAAAGCUCAACGAAGUGGCUUAUCAUUGUGUGGACAUUUAUAGCGGCCAAAUACUCUGAUUGCGUGAUCUCGAUUCUAAAUGUCGAGGGAAAACCGGAGGACCUGGAGAAAAUCCACACGACCACGGGGAGAGAGAGAGACGCGCAAACUCAAAAUAUACAGCAGGCGUCAGGGUCGGAAUCAAACACACGAUCUCCUGUAUACCAGGAGAGGUAGUUAACAUCUCCACAUGUGUUCAGAGUAUUUGGCUGCUGUAAAUGUCACGUGAUAAGCCACUUCGGUGCGCUGCUGUCAUUUGUGAUAGCCAGGUCGCUACUACACAGCUCAGUGGGGGCCUUACCUGGAAAAGUAAAAUGAUUAAUAAAAAUCUACUGUAUUCUUGGUUCUUUUGGUAAAGUCACGUAGAAGGGAAAUAAUAAAAUAAUAAAAAUGUAAGAAUCAAAUUAACACGACGUUUCGAUUGCAACACAA